AUGUCUCCUAUGGAACAAAUGAAAAUGUUAACCGGCAUCAUGGCCAACACUGGCAUGAGCCCUAUGCAAACCACGAAACGUCAGUGUGAUGCCAAGCGUCAUCUGCCUCUCUAUCAGGUGCGCGAUGCACCGGGGAAACCAUUCUGCAACUUUAUUUGCAAUGGCUGCAUGACGGACGCUGACCUACCCACAGAUUUCCUCCAGUGCAGUCGAUGCAAAGCGGUCAAGUACUGCAGUAAGGAUUGUCACGUGAAAGAUUGGCUCGGUCAAGGAAAGGGAGCGACCAAGCCAAGGUCGCACAAGGCAAUGUGUGCCGAGCUCCUGGAGGCCAAGAACGAGUUUGAGGAUGACCUCGAUUGUGGACAGCGUCUUCGCGAGUCUCUCUUUUCUUCGUGGGCAAACGAUCACCAUCCUCGUGAGGGAACUUUCUUCGAGUACGAGUUUCGAGCCCGUCGUGGGGUCUUGGGUCAGGCGGAGGUAGGAUUUUGGGCACAGCCCGACACCAUGGGAGCACCAUACAUGGCAUCCGGCAAGGAUCCCUCGGGGUUUCAAAACGGCGCCAUGCUGCUCAAACCAAGCUUUCCAUCGCUGAAGAAUGGCUGGAAAGUGUUAAAGGGUAACGAAUAUCCUCCGUCUGAUCCUCCAAAGACGAUGCCACCAGCUGAAGGUCUGCGCGGCUGGAAGGAUUACUUGAUUACUUGGAGUUCCGUGGCCUCUCGAAGACCACAAUUGCGCCCUUGUUGUUGA